ACACAUUCAAUGGUUAAAAUUCAAGCAGAAACGUUGAAAUGUCGGAUAUAUCAAAUGAAAUUCUCAAUUUGGAUGACAUUACGAACAUUGGUCAUCCAUUUUGGCAAGAAAUAGAUCGUUCUCCAAAUAUUCAGUUGUUAUGCAGCGAAUUUGAUAAAGUUUUCUUUGAACGAAAAUUGGAACAUCGCGUUGACCUCAGAUGGGGAAUAUGUGAGAGUAAGUCUACCGCCGGAGAGGCAACCUGGAAGGACGGAAAUAUUAAGAUUAGAUUAAACGAAGUAUUGCUGAGUGGAAAGUCGCGCCGAACAAUCGUUGAAAUUUUACUUCACGAAAUGAUCCACGCAUAUUUGAUGAUAACCAAUACAGAAAACAUAAACGAUUGCCAUGGCGUUAAUUUUGUUGUAAAGAUGACUGAAAUCAAUGCUCGUACGGGAUUGAAGAUAGCGACAACCCACGACUUGAAGGCGGAUUUGAAGAAAAAGUUCACUAUGUGGCGAUGUCAGAACGAUUGUCGAUCCUUCCCACCAUACUUUGGUUUUAUAUGGACCAGAGACUCGAAAGAACCGACACCAGAUGAUUUCAUGUUUUUUCCAUCCAGCAUAUGUGAACAUCGUUUUGAGAAAGAUACAUUUGUUUACGACAACGAAGUGGACUGUGUAACUGCGUUCAAUAAGUUCAUAAAGGAAAAUGAGGUUAAAAUUGAAGCUACAUUACCUCAAUUCAUUUCGAAAUUCGGUUACUCAAUCAUUGUCAGCGAUGUCAACAACGACACAGGUUUAGUCGAAGACACUGUCAUCACCAAUGAGCAUUACACAAACUACGAUCGUGAGACAAAAGAGUUCAUAAAAUUCGAAGAUUAUUUGCCACUUGAUCCAAAUCAUUUGCCGAUUCACAAAACAGUCUGCAUGAUUUGCACCAACACAAUUGCAAAUGACAUUGUACUGGAGCAUCUACAGCAAUGUACUGGUGUAACGUUCUCACUUGAUACUACAGAAUCGCUGCCUAUAUUCAAGAUUAUUGAUUAGAUAUUGAAGUCAACUGAAUGGAAAUGGUUAUUUAUUGAUAUUUAUUUGCAAAGAAUUCAUUUUUGUAAAUGUGUAAGCACAAAUUAAAAUCCGUUGAAUAAAUAAGAAAAUCUACAUCUAUUGCAA